AUGCUCGAAGACCCUUCAUACUCCUCAGUAGUGCGCUGGGGUGAUGAUGGUGAUAGUUUCGUGGUCUUGGAGAAUGAAAAGUUCACCAAAUCAAUUCUACCAAAACACUUCAAACACUCUAAUUUCGCCAGUUUCGUCCGUCAACUGAACAAAUACGAUUUUCAUAAGGUGCGACAGAAUAAUGAGGACGGUGGAGCGUCAAUGUAUGGCGCCAACGCCUGGGAAUUUAAACAUCCAGAGUUCCAGCAGCACAACAAGGACAGCCUGGACAAUAUCAGACGAAAGGCCCCAGCACCUCGAAAGCCGUCGAGUCUCAACGACGACCAGAUUCCCAUCCAACAAUUCGACCUGAUGAACCAACAGAUUGUCGCACAAGCACAGCAGAUAGAGACUUUGGUAUCCUGCAACAACCAGCUGCAGUCCCAGUAUCAGAUGGUGACGCAUGAAAUUCUACGGCUCCAAAAAACGGUUGUCAAUCAUGAAAAAGUCAUGCAAGAGGUCAUGACAUACCUCCAAGCCGUUGAUGCGAAGCAGCGAAGGGACAGCAAGCAAUUGUUUGCUCCACCGUCGGACUCGGCACAAACUGGCACAACGUUGACUCCUACCAGCCAAAAUAUGCCGCCGCAGGAUGAAGACACCCCAGCGUCCCCCUUGCAACAUGCUGUGAAGCUGUUGAAUGAUAUUAAUGCCGAUGGGCAAUUCAACGUGGCAGGGCUUGAACAAAUGAACUCAAACAUCCAUACCCCGCCUAUAGGACAGGACCCUCGAACUGGCCAGUUCGGUGGACCCAACUCGGCCGCCUCAAGCGGUAGCAUGGGAUACUCAAAGAUCAAUCCAGCCGAGUUAGAGACGGCGGUAUAUCCGAUGGGGUCGACCAACGGCAUCGACCCCAUGUCCAGCGAGUACUUUCAUCAAAUUCCUUGUCCUUUGCCAUCAAAAGACGGUCCGGAUCCCCGGACACAGUUUGCCGACACGCGGAAGAAGAGCGGAUUAUCCGAUCCUGGCUGGAGUCGACCGCCGCGGAUUCUCCUGGUCGAAGACGACCCGACUUGUCGACAGAUUGGCGGCAAGUUCUUGCAUUCAUUUUCGUGCGUUGUGGAUUCGGCACUCGACGGACUGCAGGCCGUCAACAGGAUGCAGGAAGGAAACAAAUACGAUAUGAUCUUGAUGGACAUUAUCAUGCCCUCCUUGGAUGGUGUCUCCGCCUGUCAUAUCAUCCGACAAUUCGACCGAACCCCAAUCAUCGCGAUGACGUCCAACAUUCGAUCGGAUGACAUUCAGAUGUACUUCCACCACGGCAUGGAUGAUGUUUUGCCUAAGCCGUUCACGCGGAAAUCACUGCUUGAUAUGUUAGAGAAACACUUGGCCCAUCUAAAGAUGAUGCCGCAGGGUAUGGAGGCCCAGCCGAUGUCGGCGACGACUGCGGCGUCAGCGGCGGCGUCUUCAACGGCGCACUCGGUUCGUGACGAUAUGUCAGCAGGAGCUUCUCCGGCGGGAUCAACUGGCACGUGGAAUUCUCCCAGCCAGUACUCGGGAGUGUCACCAGUAAAUCCCAAUAUGCAUUACGCCGGGAUUCCGCAACAACAACAACACUACGUGGAUGCGAAUGGAAAUCCAACGUCCUUUCAAGCCGCACCGCAGACCCCCGUGGGGAUGAGAGGUCCCGGCAUGAUAGCCCACCAACAACAACAGCAGCAGCAGCAGCAGCAGCAGCAGCAGCAGCACAGGAGGGGUCAAUCGGAGAUGGCUGGAGGAGUGGAUAUGGGAAACACGAAUAAACGCCAACGUAUAUACCCACCUCAACAACAAUCAAUGGCCGCCCCUAUGCGACAAUGA